AUGAAGUGGUUCAACGGCAACAUGCUUCAGGCCAUCGCCGAGGCCCACAGCCGACGCGUCCUGCUCCUGGUGUUCGUCGAGGGCGACGACAUGGCCUCGCGGAACAUGCGCUCCACCUUCGAGGAUGCCGAGGUGAGCAAACUAAUCGAUGUCAUGAGCUGCGUUCCCAUACGGCUCCGGGCCAACAGCAGCGCCUGCCACCAGUUCACCCUCGUCUACCCGGUGACCGCCAUCCCGUCCACGUUUUUCAUCAGCUCGCGCGGAAACCUCGAGGCUUCCGUCGUGGGCUUCACCGACCCGGUGUCGCUCAGCGACCGACUCGCGACACUCAUGGCCUCGUGCACCAUUAGGAAGGUCGCCUCGGAUAUGCGCGACGCGAGCGAAGCGAGUGUGUCCGUCGACCGCAUGGUGCGCUCGAAGCGCCAGUCGUCGUCGGCGCGCCUCCCAGUCGCAGUACCGGCGGCUGAAGGCGCCGGUGCGCUCUCCCUGCAACCGCCAGCCGAAGGUGUCGCCAAAAAACGCAGCAAGGGCGGAGAGCGACGCUCCAAGAAGAAGCACAAUAGACAAGAGGCCAACGUGCAGACCAGCAUCGUGGUACUCGCCGAACAGUCCACGCAGAUCAACAUGGAUGACAAGCGGUCGUACAACAGCCUGCUCCAGAAACUCGCAGCGAUGGAAAAGGCCACGUUAGCUCCGACCGCCACAAUCGCAACGGCCCAGGUCCACGGCGACCUGGCUGCAGGCCUGGCGUCGCUGAUGGGAGACGGCAGGGAACAGAAAGACCUGGAAAUGCCCCCCGAAGAAUGCAGUGGGAAUCCGCUUGCCGUAGUCGCGGGGGUAGCGACGGGUGGCGCGUCCGUCGACGUUGAGAUGAAAGAGAAGCCUGCCUCGAACGAUGACACAGGGGAGCUGACCGGUGUUGCCGAGGACGCUAAAGACGGUUCGAACGGGCAGGCACCCCUGGAAUCGCACAAUAAUUCUCACAAUGGCAAGGACGAGAUUAAUGCAAGCACGCCACCACAGCCGCCGCUUCCUCCGCCAUCGCCGCCAGCGGCAGAAGCCGUUCGCGCAAGUGAGGUCGAGCACCAUGCCAACGUCGCAGUUAGCGAUGUGCCGCCCGUCGGGUUCGACGACAUCGAUUUGGUGUUGUGCGACGCCGCGGAGGGCUCCGCAUUGCUCAUCAAGUUCGCUGUGCUCGCGCAGGAGUUUGCCGAUAAGGUCUUGAGCAGUUCGCAGUACGAGCACUCCGACUCCAAGUCUUUGGAAACGUCGGCCGCCGAGGCAGUUAAAGCAUCUGCGGCCGUGCGGAGGCUUGCAGAGUCCUCUCAGAAGCCAAAGUCCAAGAAGCAACAGCAGGCGACCAAAUCAGAGGCGUCGCCUCCAACUAAGAAUGUUGAGGUUUACGCGAACGGGCAGAGGCAGAGGCAACAUGCGGACACUUUCAAGAGAUCGUGUCAGUUGGAGAGCCUGCAGGGAAACGUGGGCGACGCUUCAGAAGCGAUCGCGGCGUUACAAGAAGCCGCGCUCGAACAGCUGGGAGACGAGGACCUUUCGACGAAAAAGCGAAGGGCUUCUUCGAGCGCACGUUCCCAGAAACAGCCGCGUAAUUCAGACGCGCAACAGCCAAGUAGUUUAGACCAGCAAGCCAAGCAAAGCUCCGAGAAACGCAAGAAGCAUCGCGAAUACCCAGCAAAGGACCAUGCGGCAGAUUCGAAGAAAGUCGCGACGACGUUGAAGAAGGCGACCGCAAAGGGAGCUGCAGUGCUCGGUUCUUCGACUAGAGAGCAGGACACCGGCUUCAGCCAACUAGCCCAGAAGAUCAAGCUCUUUGAAUCCGUCGCUGCCAAUGCUCAGGACUCGAAGAUCAGCCUGGCUGAGAAGAGGCUGAGAAGAGAGCAUAACAGAACAGAAGAAGUGAAGAGGUCAAAGAGUGCUUCACCGUCCAGGCCGCAAGCCAACGACAAUCCGGCGAGAUCUCCUGAGAACGGGUCGACGCGAACGCACGUUGGAAUGCCGCCGCCGCCGCCUAUUCUUCUCGAACAGGACGUCUCCGUCGUUCGCACGCGACGGGGCAUCGACACCAUCACCGAGGAAGAGACCGGCGCCAUCGACUCUUGCCUCACUUCACCGCAACCCACCCCACCGCCACCGCAAUCGCCUCUUCCUCUCCCUGCAGACGCUCCGACUCAACCGGAAGUUCAGAAAACCGCGAAAGAGACGUUCCACAAAUCAUCCGCGAAGAAGCCCGCGUGCGAAGUAGCACCUACGUCGCUUCCGCUUCCACAGCCGCUGCCACCUCAGCAGCAGCAGACAACGCAAGCCACAGUGGCUCAGAAUCGGAACCCUCUUCAGUCGAGGAAGGGCGCGCGGAGGCCCUCGAGCCCCACAAAAAGCAAGGAGUUCCUUACGGCCAGCAACUCCCAGCUGGAUGACGCGCUCGUCUUCGGUGCCACGCACCCCACCAGCGAUGACAGCGCUGCCGCGACGACGAAGAGGGCGUCGCAUUCGCGACCGAGACAAAGAAGGUCGAUGGCUGCCAAGAACCCGGCCUACGAGCGCCUCGUGGAAAGCGACGGUGACGACGAGACCGUGGACGACGAGCUGGCGGCUCGCAGGACUCCCUCGGCCGCCGCGUUCAGAGCCGAGGCCGAUUGGAUGGACGAGAUGGCGCGCACGGCGUCCAGGCGCACCCUUCUCUACCGGGCGGGGGUUCUCGAGGAGUCGCUGAACAACCUGUGUCGCACGCUGAACGACAUGGAAGGUCCCACCGUGUCUCUGAGCAUCGGCGGUCAGUCGCGCACUAACAUUGCCAAGGUACAAGCAACAGCAGCUCAGGAAUGCCGAUCAUCGGUAGCGACAACGCCUGCAGCGCCCUCUGCGUCGUCGCCGAGCAAGCAGCACGUUCACGUCACCAUGAGCGACCAGAAGGAAGACGGCGUCGACGACGAAAAGGCGAGCGCCGUCGAGGCCCUUGUGAGUACCAAAGCCACGCAUCGUGUCUCGCUCUCGGGUACAAACGUCCGCAACCGGGCCCGGAGCCGGCCGUCGUCGAGCCACCUGGGAGGCAACAGCGGGGGUCGAUCGCCGAGCGGCGACACGUCGCAGGCCUCCGGUGGCGGCAACGCUCGCAAGUCGGCGAGCUUCACGCCAACGGUAGUUCGUGGCUGCGGCGGCACCGGCGGAGCUGACAAGGCGAGCAUCACACUCAACCUGCCGAAUGGCAGCUCGGUGAUCAAGUCGUUUCCGGCGUCAGCAUACCUGGACGAAGUGCGUUGGUUCACAGAGGAGCUGCUGGCCACGGUGCUUCCCUCCUGCUUCCCGUUCACCAUGGCACGCACCAACCCGCUGCGCGAGUUCUCGCACGAGGAGUACCGCAAGACCCUUGAGCAGCUGCAUCUGGCGCCGUCGGCGGCGCUCCUUGUGUUGCCCAGAUCUGCGGCACAGGGUGAGAGUGGGGCGGUAGCUCUGCUCCCUGGCGGUGUGAACGGUGAGCCGGCGUGGGUCGCCAUCUUCCGGCUGGUGUUUGGCAUGUUUGUGGCCACGCCGCUGUCGCUCAUCUGGAAGCUUCUGAACUGCCCGACCGACCCGGCGACGGCGGCAGCGCGCGAAGCAUUCCUGUCGAGCAGUCUGGGCAGCUCGACCCUGUCGAGGUUGCCGCCGUCUGCCGUCGCGACCGUCGCGACACCUGCACGCAGCGUCAGCAGCGGCAGACUGUCUCGUCGAAGGGCCUCCAGCCGCGCCGAAAACUUCGACAUCUUCAGAACUCUUCACGAAUCGUAACACUGUCGCGAAGGGAGAUGUUGAGCGACGAUCGACGGGCGGACAAUUCGAAUGCGGGAUGCGUAUCUCCUGAGACCGUAAACGUUCGACGGAUUUCAAGAGCGUAUGGUCUCUUGAAGAAUGAGUAUAAAAAUAUGUAAA